GCCGGACAACGCUACCGCGUUCAACCUCAGGUUGACCAUGGCGCCAGUCUAAACCACUAUGGCCCCAUGACGGUGUCUGGGAAACAUAUACUUCCAGACCGCCGCACAGGAUUCUUUACCGUCUAGGUGUCGUUCUUUUCUUUCCUUCGCAGCACAGACAUACUCACCAUAGUCACUCUCUUACUCCUGCGCUGUUGUCACUCCUUUUUACGUACUCCUUCUUUCCUCCGUCGCAUUCGCUCGACCUUGCCCUAACGAACUACCAUAUAUCGAAUUCUACUCAGUCAAAAUGAAGGUCACCUCCAACGCGUUACUGGUGCUAGCCACGAGUAGCUCAGCUUUGGCGGGCUCCUGGAACGACUGGCUUCCAUUCAAAGAUGCCACUGUCACCGAGACCUUGACUCGAAUAACUCAGGUCUGCCCUUGCAACGGCGAGGUGCGCGUCACUCCCGCUCACGCCGCGACCAAGCCUGUCAAGCCCGAGGAUGUUACCCGAUAUACCGUCACCGGUGCCAUCAACCCCGAGUACAAACAGCCUUUGACUGUGACCAAGGCUGGACCCAUCGUCGUUGUCUUCACGACCGCCGGAACCUUGACCACCAAGACUGGUAUCAAACUCGAACUGAAGCCAACCAGCGGCGCAGUCAUCACCAAGACUGUCUGGACUGGCCCCCAACCUACCGACAACCUCGAAUGGGUCGACUGGGAUGCUGAGGAUGACAGCAACGGAGGCACCUUGACGAGAUCUCAUACGAAGACUGUCACCGUGAUCGGACCCGCACCGACAGGUACGGAGACUGAGCCAUGGGCUGACUGGGUUGCGCCAACCAACACACGCAGUCGUACUCGCACGUACUCCUCUUCAACUACGUCUCGGGGAGUCGGACCCAUUCCUGGUUCCACCACAUCGCCCGGCUGGAGCCACAGCACAUCCACCACGUCCUCCAGCUCUGUUGCCGGCCCCGGUGAGGGAACGACAAGCUCCUCCAGCUCUGAUGUCGGCCCCGGUGAGGGAACGACAAGCACCUUCAGCACAACUUCCAGCAUGACGACAACAACCUCCUUCAGCUCCUCCGUCGACCCCGGCGAGCAAAGCACUUCCUCUUCGUCGUCUGAGGAUGCUGUCACCUCGUCAUCGUCGUCUUCCUCGGCUGAUGCCGUCACCUCGUCAUCGUCGUCUUCCUCGGCUGAUGCUGUCACCUCAAGCUCCUCGUCAUCCGAGGCCGCUGUCACUUCCUCGUCUUCGUCUUCCUCCGAAGACGCCGUUACCUCCACAUCUUCGGUCAUCGACGAUAUCACGACCACAACAACUCCUCCCACAACCACAACAACUCCUGUGACAACCACGACCACUUCGCCUCCCGCAAGUGGGUCAACUGUCAUCGCUGACGUCCGUGGUCUUGAUUACAUUACUGCUAUCAUUCAACAGCACAACGUCCACCGUGCCAACCACUCUGCUGCGGAUCUCGUCUGGUCUGCCGACCUUGCUACUAUCGCUGGCCAAACUGCUGCCAGCUGCGUCUAUGCUCACGACGUUACCACUGGCGGUGGUGGCUACGGCCAAAACAUUGGCGCCGGUUAUACGCCCAACCAGGCCGGUGUAAUGAUCACCAACGACAUGUACAACGGCGAAAUUGGCUACUAUCCUGGUCCCUACGACACUGAUAACAUCGAUUUGACCAACUUUGGACGAUUCGGCCACUUUACUCAAAUCGUCUGGAAGGGAACUCAAAACGUUGGCUGUGCUACACAGUACUGCCCUAACGGUCUUGUCAAUGCCGAGUUCACCAACUGGUUCACCGUUUGCAACUACAGCCCUCCCGGAAACAUCCGUGGAGCAUAUGCCAACGUUGGCGCUCCUCUCGGAGGACCUACUGUCGUCGUUAUCGCCAACCCUAACUAAGUGGUUGCGAUGGCAGUCAUGUCGGAAGACAUGGUUGCUUCGUAUGAUGGAAGGGCUUGAUAGUUUGGAGAGAUUUUGAUUCAAGAUUCAACUACAAAGGACUUAGGGAAAGGCGAAGAAAGCAUAGCGUUAACGGUCGUUUCAGGUCUGGAUCCGAGAUACAUGCAGGCACAAGUCGAUAUAUAGGCCAAAUAUCAUGCAUGGUUAUCACUUUGCCAACCUGGUGAAAGCCACCAUUGGGUAUGGUUGGCUCGCCACGGGAGAAACGAAUGGGCUUCUGACUCAACCAACUUUCUCCGCUAAUAUGUAGUUACGUAUAUAUCCACGUAUUUAAUGAUGAUCCCGCUUGUUUGAGAUUAGCACCA